AGGCAUCCACUGGUCGAUGACACCUCUGGUUGAGGUCGCAAUGCGCGGUAAUGCGUCUCUGUUGACUUGCUCGCGGCAGGACGCAACCUCCACCUUGAGCUCAUAGGUGACUUUUUUUGUGGCCUGGGCUAAUGUCUAUCAUUGGACAGUAGUUUUGACAUCAGAUGUACUGUAGUUUCGUACAAUGGGAAGGGUUUGGUUUGGUGAUGGGACAGAGUGUGACCUGCGAGUCACAUUAAGACAUUCAUGGGCCUGUGCGGCAGGCUGAAAUGAGAUUUCGCAGCUCGACAUCAAACCCGAUCAUCUCACUUCAGCUGCCCCUUUCGCUCUUUGAAGAUGAUCCGCAUUCAUAACCCUCACCACGUGCCUUUUCUGCAUCAGACGGAGCAGCUCCGUCAGGCAGGGACCCUUUGUGACACGCUUCUCACCGUGGAAGGCCUUUCAUUUAAAGCCCAUGCCCUGAUCCUAGCGCUGGCGAGCAAGCGGCUCAAGCGUCAGUUAACAAACCAGCACGGUCCAGGUCGGGGGUACAGCUGCGCAAUAGAAAGCGUCUCUCCCCACACAUUCAAGCAAAUCUUGGACUAUGUGUACAGCGAAUCGGUGCAGGUGCCCAAAGAUGACCUAGAUGAGCUUCUGAGGGGUGCAGAGUACCUGGAAGUGGAGUCUUUGGUAGAACAGUGUCAAGCACUACUCGGUAGUGCAAAUUCCCCUACUAAGACAGACACAAAAGUGGUAAAGUCGCUCCAAGAAGACAAAACAUUCAAGCACAACGAGUUGUCCAAAAAAAGCCGCUCUAAGGAUAAAGACAACCUCGAUUGUUCUUUAAAAGAAGAACGAUCUUCCACCAAUAAAGAUCACAAGAUUUCGGUCGAUGAUCCAUACAACAAAAGCUGUUCUCCUGCGUCUCCUCAGCCUCCAAUGUUCUCCAGAGAACCCAUCAUCUCUUCCAGCACCCCAUCUUUGACCCCUCGCUUGUGUUGGCCCCCAGUCAGCCCGUCUCGUGGCAUGGUGUUAAACUGUAGAGAAAUUAUGACCUUCCACUCGCUCCGAGCGUACCCGUACCCCACACCCAUGUACCCCCUCCUGCACCGCUCGCUCCAACCACAUGUCUCUUCCUCACUUAUGGGUUAUCCCGGGCUGCUUCACCCCUAUCACCCUCUCAUACACUCUUCUCAGAUGACUCAAGACAGUCCCUUCGUUUCGGGUCUAAAAGGAAAGACCACCUCUAUCAGUGCAGCUUUAACAGAGUCCGUGUCAGAAAGUCAAGAGAGGAAGCCAAAGGUUCAAGAGGAGAGGGAGAUAUGCUGCAGACACUGCGGUAAGCCAGCCCUGGAAAACCCCUGGAGGUCAACCACUGGGUCAUCAACCUCAGGUUCGGUGGAGAUGACGUUCAGGUGUAAGUUCUGUGGCCGAGGUGGACGGGACAGGCGAUCUCUGCGCUCGCUCAGGAGGGGUGUCGGGGGAGAGAAGCCUUACCAGUGCAAACAGUGUAGCAAGAGGUUCAGCCUUAAACACCAGCUGGACACUCAUUACCGGGUCCACACAGGUGAAAAACCAUUUGAGUGUCGGCUGUGCGGCCAACGUUCCCGUGACUAUUCGGCUAUGAUUAAGCACCUGCGCACUCACGGCGGCGCCACACCGUACCAGUGCACCCUGUGCCUGGAGUUUUGUAGCAGUCUGGCAGCCAUGCAGAAACACCUGAAGAACCACCCCGCGCAGGACUUCCCUCCAGACUGGAGCCUGAACAGCACAUACCUGUACAACAGCCACACCUGACCAUGCAAAAACUGGACAUUUGAGUCCAGGGGGAUAACAUGUAGAUACGGAACAUUUAAAGGAGUAGUUCACUUUAAAAAAAAAAAUUGCUGAUCAUUUACUCACCCCCAUGUCAUCCAAGAUGUC